GGAGGGACGUAGAGCAGAAUUUCGUUUGUCUGCAGUGGAAAAUUUCCAGGGACGUGUAAAUACGUUCUAAGGAACUACUGAGCUAUUAUGAGCUUAACUUUGCUUAGCCAUCAUAUGUAUAUUAUCCUUCAUUUACAAUACCACUCAACGUAGGCCUAUGCUUUCAGUGUCAACACACAGGCAUACAAGUACAUUUGAUUCGAUCGGAAAUAAAUAGGUCAAGUGAAAUGUGAGGUGUGCAAUUACUGACACUGAGGAGUUUGUUAGUUCAUGCAGUCAGUAACAAGGACACAGUGAAUUUACUGGAUGAAAACAGGAUGUUUUCUUGCUCAACUGACUGACUACCUAUCAGAAACAACAUAACUCACGAGUGAAGCACAAACACGACAGUCGAUCUUUUUUCAGAUCGAACGACAAUGAGUAACACGUGUGUAUCUAUACUUGUCAGAUGUAUACAAACUCGUAAAGCUAUCAAGCCGCAAUACCUGCGUGUUAUCCUGAUCGAAAACCAGAACGUACCCGGCAUUACAUCAUCUGUAUACGUACAGAUAAUUAAUAAUUUCUAAUAAUUGAAUAGCUGGACAAAUUCGCCGGAAAAAGCAUGCAGUCGUUCCACCCGAACGUGUAUCGUGCACAAAGAAUAUUUUGGAUUUAUAUGGUAGAGAGUGUGAUACAGUACUUAAACGCAUAAAUAAAUACUUUGCGAGUCAAAAUACGGCAAAAAAGCUAUAUCAAGAUGACUGAAACACAAACAAUCCCAUCCUCAAAAAGAAACAAGAAAACAAACAAACAUAUUUUGAUCCUUCUGAUGAUUCACAGUUUCCAAAUACAGUUUGUUUAUGGUUAAAGGUUUGUAAACAUAAGUUACGGUACAUGCAUAUGAUGGAUAUGAAACUACAGAUACCAUGGAAACCAUAGGGAACCAUUGGAUCAUUGUUUUUAUACAGUAAAGUAGAGAUGACAACCGCUCCGUCUUUGAUGUGUUUAUACCAUGAUUGACCUGACCAAACUAUGCUCAAAGUCACUGGAGCACGACCGCAUCUGUAGGCGAGUUUAAUCUGUACUUAGUUGCGGAGUGUAUUACAGAUACUCUCAUUCGCGCAACGCAGUUGUGAUACUUACGGUGAGGAAAAGUCCUGAAUAUGUUGUAUAUACGACAAGGAACAUUUACCAUAGUUCACACGCGCAUUAAAACUUGCCUAGCAUAAAUAUUCAUUUUAAUUAACUAACCUGUUUUGAGACUCAAAAGGUUCCAGGGGGAAGCACGCCUGUUUCUGAGAAAUAAUCACAUUUUCCGAGCCUAUAUCAUAACGGUGAGUUUGCCGCCAACAUUUGGAGGAUAUUCGAUUGACCGCUGUUGACGAUAGGAAACUUUUAAUACGCGUAUGAAAAGUGGUAAAUGUUCCCUACCGUAAAUCCGACACAUUUGAGUCUGUUCCUCAUCUUAACGUUUGCAUAUGCGUUACUCGAAUGAGAGUUACUACACUCCGCAAUUAAAUCUGUGCUCACGUUGUCCAAAUGAACUGCGACCCUUGUAUUCGGCCAUAAUCAACUUUCAUUCGGUUUUUCUUACGCUACUUUGCAUAUGCAUCAGAUUCAUCGAAACUGCUUAAAGUGACACACUGUACACCCAGCUUCAAUAUAUUUGACCACGGCAGGUAACUGCACACUUUUAAGUCUAGUGCGCUCUGGCGUUGGUUUGAGGCCAUCCUUGACGGAACAAAGUUUUGCCAAACCUAACGUCAGUGCAGUCUCGGACUGUAUAUGACCUCGCAUGGGGAAUUGGGGUAUCAUUCAUUCAUUAACUUAUUUAAAAAAAGCUAUCAUGUUCGUUUUCAGCUAAACAGCCAUGGUGGUAAAUGUAGCGCACACGGCUCUGCUGAGGUGGUUGUGACUGCUGUGCUGGAGACGAGAACGUCACAGACGUGGCCCAGAAGACGGAAGAUGUCUGCACAGUAUUACCUUUACAGAUUUCUGCCAUGGAGGCAAUUAAUGUGCUGUUUUCGGAGACUUUCUUGUUCACUGAACGUUUGGCGAUAUAUACACCGUGGCAACCAACCCUUAACCCCAUGCCCUCUCACCGAAGCUAGCAAUGGGUCAUUAAUAUAUGAAAUAGUCGUCAAUUUUUAAUUUGGCAACAAAAGUUCUUACUCUAAACUCCAGAUUAUGACGCAUGCAUAUUUUAUCUGUGAUAUCGAAGUCUCUUACACCCAAGGCAAAACUAACUUUUUUCUUUCUGCUUCUUUCGCUUGAUAAUUGUAUUUAUUUUGCUGUAGCACAUUCCUUACUUUGGACGCGCUUUGUUUAGCAUCUCUUGAUUUGAAAAAAAAAACACAAGACAAUCUCCUUUUGGAUGCACCUUAAAGUUGCACUCUUAUGCAGACGACCCAUAGCUAGUGACGGAGUGACAGGGGCUGGAUUACAAAUGCCGGCACAAUUGACGAUUUCAGAAACCGGCAGACUUUUCUAUCUUGAUCCACACAGUGUCUGCUUUCAGAGGGCUUCCAUGUCCGUUAAUAUCUUUACCCACAGCUCUGUGGUACAUAUGGCUUAAGUAAGUUUUCGUACUUGUGCUGAAAUGUUGUCAGCCACACGUUGUCGGACUUGGCUGCAGAACUGAGAAGAGUGCCAGAGGAGGCCUGCUUGGCGGCGGAUGAGGAGGUUGGAUGGGGACCCGUAACUACACCUUCUAGUCACUCAAGCAGACGGGACCUUUCUGACAAUGAGGAAGGAGCCCCGGAUGACGCUCAUAAAGACAGAGGUUCAGGACGACUUCUUGUUGUUCAAUGCUCCAGGAAUGGAGACGCUUAGGCUGCCAAAAGAGCAGUCAGUCAACAGCAAAAAUCUUAGGAGAUGUAGGAUUUGGGAUGACAAUGUGAAGGUGGUGGACAGUGGUGAAGAGGCCAGCCAUUGGUUCAGCAGCUUUAUGAACAAGGUAGGAUUGCGGCUCAUGUACUAUGCUCCGGGGAUCCCCAAACGGGAGGCCAUUUCACAGCGGAAGCCUUGGGAGCACAAGGCCCAGCCCGGAGACAGAGCAGCUUUUGCAGACUUUGCAGCGUACAUGAUUGCCUCGACUGACUCGUUGGACGUUCUCAACCAAAAUCUGUCAACAGCUGUCAGUAUCCGGAACUUUCGGCCAAACAUCGUAGUAUCCGGGAAUGGGGCCUUCAAAGAGGAAACAUGGUCAGAAAUCCGGAUUGGAGAUGCAUCCUUCAGAGCUUUAGACUUAUGUGCGAGAUGUCUUCAGACGACAGUAAAUCCAGAUACCGGAGACAAAUGUGUCAAACAAGAGCCACUGGCAACAUUGAAAAAACUGAACAGCAAUCUCGCCUACACAAACAAAGCUAUUUUUGGAGUCAACGCAGCAUUGGAUACUCCGGGACGAAUUCACAUUGGGGAUAAAGUCUACGCGCUCAUAGCUUAAUCUCCUGGAUGCGGUUUUUAAAAAUGUGUAUUGAUUUAUGUCUGGUACUAAUUUGGCAAUACUCUAAACACCUUUUGGAUAGGUAAGAUGAUGAGACUGCCAUUGAGAUAUAAAUCCUGUUGAAAUCCUGGCGACCAUUGUUUUGAUAUAAUGCUAAUCUGACCACAGUUUUGGUCCUAGUUGUCACACACAUUUCAUAAAUAUUCAUAUAAUGUAAAACGUUUAAGUUUGACAUAAUAACGAGCGUUUUUAGUAACGUUUUAGUGACCAUGUUAGGAUGGCCUUUUAGUGCCAUACAUCCCGCCUCAUGAAUUAAAUGUGAUAUAAACUUAAUGCAAAUAGUUUUACAAGUUAUACAAUCAACGACAUGUACUUUUCAACAAUAAGGUUGCGUGUUCCACUGAUUGUUGCGCUUAUUUUAGAUAUUUUGAUAAUGUAUAUAAUAAUACUGUCUUUAGAGACUCACUGAGAAAAGGUGAAAUGUCAAAAGAGUUUAGCUAAGCACCAAACUGGGUUGCGUGGGUAGCAAGAGUCCUUCAAACUUCUCUGUGGAACUUUUUAUUCAUAGAAGAUGUAAGCUGGCAAGCUUUCAUCAUUGUUGAUUUUUCUUUGUUAUAUCCAGAAGUGUUUUUAUAUGUACAUUAUAUUUCCUGAAAUAAAUACAUUUUAUAUACAUGGUA